UCUGGAGUGUGUGUUGCGUGUGUGUGUGUGUGUGUGUGUGUGUGUGUGUGUGUCUGGCGCCUGUCCAACGUAAUUUCCCAUAAACCACAUGCCUAAGUCGCUUAAAAGGCCGUGCCGAGGCGCUGGCCGGCGGAGCCGCCGGGAAAGUGAAAGUUCGCCUGGUGCUCCGGGCGCCGCCGCCGGCUCUCCGCACUCCCGGGACAGCGGCGCGGCCUCGGCGGGGCGCGGACUGCGCGGCGGCCGGCGAGCGAGCGAGCAGGCGAGGGCGGCCGAGGCGCCGGGCCGGGACCCAGCUGCCCGCAUGACCGCGCGGGGCGCCGCCGGGCGCUGCCCUCCCACGACAUGGCUGGGCCCCCGGCUACUGCUGGUCUGUCUCCUGGUGAACAGGAGUAUCACCGAGGAGGAGUCGAAGCACUGUAGCCACAUGAUCGGGGACGGACACCUGCAGCUGCUGCAGCAGAUGAUUGACAGUCAGAUGGAGACCGGAUGCAAAAUCCCCUUCCAGUUUGUGAACGAGGAUCAGCUGGAAGACCGCGUGUGUUACAUUAAGAAAGCCUUUUCCUUGGCACAAGACAUCAUGCAGGAAACCAUCAGCUUCAAAGACAACACCGCCAACGCUAUCGCCCUGGUGAAGCUCCUGGAGCUCUCUGUGAGGCUGAAGGACUGCUUCCCCCAGGUCUCCGAGGAGCACGACACGGCCUGUGUCCAAAACUUCUCGGAGUCACCCCUCUGGGCGCUGGAGAAGAUCAAGAACGUCUUUAACGAAACGAAGAACCUCCUUAAAACGAACCAGAGCAUUUUCAGCAAGAACUGCAGCGACAGCUUUGCCAAGUGCUCUGGCACAAGUGAGGCAGAUGUGGUGACCACGCCUGAUUGCAACUGCCUGUACCCCAAAGCCACCCCUAGCAGUGACCCGGCCUCUGCCUCCCCGCAGCAGCCCCUUGCCCCCGCCACGGCCCCUGUGGCUGCCUUGCCCUGGGCCGGCUCGGAGGGGACAGAGGACAGCUCUCUUUUGCCCAGUGAGCAGCCCGUCCGCACAGAGGACCCGGGCAGCGCCAAGCAGCGACCGCCCCGGAGCACAUGCCAGACCUUUGAGUCACCCGGGACCCCGGGCGCCGAGGGAGGCCCCUUCGGAGGUUCUCCUGAGCCCCCCGGAGCCGCCGUCUCUGGGACAGAGGACAUUCUCAACUCCGUGCUGGGCGCUAACUGGGCCCUGGAAGAGGCCUCUGGAGAGGCUAGUGAGGGGCCUGCACCCCGAGGCCCAGAGCCCGCCCCCUCCGGGCGGGGAGGAGGCAGCGUGCAGGCGGAGGCCAUCCGACACAGCAACCUCAUCUCAGCGUCUCUACUCCGCGGACCAGCCAGGGGCCAGCCGCCAGCGGGCGUAACUGGCACCGCCCGGCCCAGGGUGGGCCCGGGGAGAUCCACCGGCCAGGCCCGGAGUCGCACAGCCGAGAAGACAGACCGUCCACCCAGGACGCCUAGAGACGCGCGGGAGCCAGGCUCGGCCAGGCCCCUGCUCCUGCGCCCGAGAGGCCUCAGCCGGCUCUCCACCCUCGCCGCUGGCGCCCGGCCUCCCCGCAGCCACACCCGGGACAGCGUGCUGCCCCUCGGGGGGCCGCAGGGCCGGAGGAGCGCCCGGGCGCGGAGGAGCACCGCGGGGCUGGAAGGAGCACCACGUGAGGGGGCGGCCGCACCCCAUGCCCAUCUUAACCCCGUUCCUUUGACAGACGACCCGGCGCCCUCCACCUCCCCGGUCCUCCGCCCCCUGCUGCUGCCGGGCGGCGGCGUCAUGCUGGUCCUGGUCCUGCUGGCCGUGGGCGGGCUGCUGCUCCACAGGCGGCGGCAGCGGAGCCAUCGAGAGCUAUGGAUCAUGGAUUCUUCCCGGGAGCAGCCAGAGGGCAGCCCCCUGGCCCAGCCUGAGGACAGACGGGUGGAGACGCCGGUAUAGAGGGAAGGCUAAGCUGGGCGCACAGGACAGUCUCUCCACGGCAGGAGGUGCUACGGGGCGUCCACCCGCCAUCCUCCUGGGAAUGUGACCUGCCCACCCGAGAGCUCCUGUCGGCCAGGACCCGAGCAGAGCGGCUGGGCUGGCCCCUCCACCCUCGACCCCCAGACUCUGGACGGACUCGGAGCGGGCCGGAGUCUGCCUCAUGCUGCUGAUAUUUAUCGUGGGCCCUGGAGGCCCCCAUCCGCUUGAGGGGGGCUGGCCAGCCCCGAGGAGUCCCCUCGGCCCCCGGGGCUGUGCCCGCCUCCCGCCCCCUCCAGCCAGCGCCUGGGCCGGGACCAGCGGCCCGUGGACCGGACGGCGGGGAGGGCGCGGAGGACCCGUCUGGCGGCGAGGGAUGGGUGCCCGCCCGGCGAGCAGGCACACGUCCCGAGAGAUGUGGAGAUUGGCAGGGCGGGACGGCGUCUCCCCUGGUUUCCUGGAAAUAUGGUUACGCCGGUGCCAGGAGCAGAGGGAAGGCCAGCCCUGCCCUCGGGACCUGCUGGGCUCUUGAUGACAAGGUGAAGCCGAGGCUGGCCGCGGCCCCCCAGAACCUAGGAGCCGCCCCGGGGGCCGCACGGGGCGCCCCUCUCGAAGGAAGCCAUUGCACUGUGAAGACCGGGCCCGCCUGCUGUACCGCCCGCCCCGCCUGCCUGGCCGACGAUCCGCUGUCUGCCCUCUGCCCUCCGCCUCCCAGCUUCUGCACUGACUGCCGAGCCGGCCUCACCCGUCCCGCCGACCGAGGGAGCCCCUGGCCCUGACUCCCCGGGGUGGACGGGGCGGGCGGACGCCUGGGCCGGCGCCGGAGCUGGUCUCCAGGCUGCUGUGGGCCCAGGUUUCUGCAUUUUGCACUUUGACGUUCCCAAGAGGGAAGUGACUGGUGGGAGGGAGGCGGGCGGGGCGGGCAGAGACAGUCACAGGGAGGGUCUCCGAAAUGAUGGGUACGCCCCUGAGGUUGGGGGAGGCGUCCACGCCCCUGACCCCUGGCCCCUGACCCCGGCCGCAGCCACCGCUGCCCACGGGCCCACAGGGCUGGGCGAGCAGUCCCCGGGAGGGGCCUGGUAGGCGGCCAUACCUCCAGCUCUCACCCCCACACCCACUCAGGACCACCGUCUCUGUGACCAGGCAGGCCAGGUUGGUGGGGGGGGGGGGCGAGCAUCUCUCCCCAAGGCUGCCUUGAGGGCCUCCGCUCCCUCGUUCCCUCUGAGCAGCUCCUUCCCUUCUCUCCCGCUGCCCUAGGCCCUCCCUGGAGAGACCACCCUGCUGGCCGCUGGGCAGGGCCCCCACUCCCCUUCCUGCCCUUGAAAGUGAAGGUCCUGGCCCUGACUGUGAGGGAGGAGCAGAGGACGCUCGGGGGGGCUCUGCCUCCCCGUCACAGACUCUGUGUUUGACGCCAGAAAGUAUGAAUUUAAACGUGGAAGGAAACAAGUGCAGAAAAGGGCAUUCCUGCUUCCCCUCCCCUCAAACAUAUAGUAUUUUCAGAGUCAAGAGAGCUAAGAGCUUCCUUCCCGAAGGGGGUGGCUUUGCUUUCCUGCCUCGGGCGGCAGGGCCCCGGGCCGCCUCAGGGGGUCCCCCGCCCCCCGCCGGGCCAGCCGCCCGGGACCCCUUCUUUUCUCCGAGAAAGCCGAGAGGGAACAUGGGCUCACACACUGUGAGGUUUUGUUUUUACACUUGGAAGUGAUGAAUUAUUUUAUAUAAAGUCAUUUAAAUAUCUAUUUAAAAAAAUAGGAAGCUGCUUAUAUAUUUAAUAAUAAAAGUGCACAAGCUGCCA